UUGAAGUCUCCAUAUUUAUCCAAGGACAAAUGGUUUCUUGAUAGCGGAUGUUCAAGGCAUAUGACGGGAGAUCAAUCAAAAUUUCACUCCAUCAAACCUCAUAAAGGAGGAAGCGUCACAUUUGGUGACAACUCAAAAGGCAAGGUCAUUGGCAUUGGAACUAUUGGUAUCUCCUCCUCCCUAUCUAUUGAUGAUGUAUUACUUGUUAAGGGCUUAAAACAUAACCUAUUUAGUAUUAGCCAAUUAUGUGAUAAAGGAUAUGAUGUCUUGUUUAAGUCGGACAAAUGCAUUGUCAAAAAGGAUAAUGUUGAAGUUUUCCAUGCUCUAAGAAAUGGUAAUGUAUAUUCUUUGCUUUUAUGUGAACUACACGAUCAAGAUGUCAAGUGUCUUGUAUCCUCAAAUGAGGAUAGUUGGUUGUGGCAUAGAAGGUUAGGUCAUGCUAGUAUGGAUUUGAUUUCAAAACUAUCUAAGAAUGAAUUGGUCAAAGGCCUCCCAAAGACUAAUUUUUCUAAAGAUAAAACUUGUAGCGCAUGUCAAAUAGGCAAGCAAAUCAAGUCAUCAUUUAAAAGGAAAAAGGAUAUAACAACUUCAAGACCACUAGAGUUAAUUCAUAUGGACUUAUUCGGUCCGGAGAGAAUUGCUAGUCUUGGUGGAAAACUCUAUGCAUUUGUCAUUGUGGAUGACUUCUCUAGAUUCACUUGGGUAUUUUUCCUUACACAUAAAAAUGAGGUUCAUACAAUCUUUACUAAAUUUUGUAAGAGAGUCGAAAACGAAAAAGAAUGUAAGAUCAAGUCCAUUAGAAGUGAUAGAGGUAGAGAGUUCGACAACCAAGAUGUGGAAAGAUUUUGUGAUGAAAAUGGAUACAAUCAUAAUCUUUCGGCUCCUAGAACUCCUCAACAAAACGGAGUUGUUGAAAGAAAAAAUAGGUCUCUCCAAGAAAUGGCUAGGACUAUGUUAAAUGAACAUAAUUCUCCUAGAUCUCUAUGGGCCGAAGCUGUCAGUACCUCAUGCUAUGUCAUAAACAGAGUCAUCAUUAGAAAACUCCUUAAUAAGACUCCUUAUGAUCUUUGGAACAAAAGGAAACCAAAUAUUGGAUACUUUAAAGUCUUUGGGUGUAAAUGCUUCGUGUUGAAUGACAAAGAUAAUUUAGGAAAAUUUGAACCUAAAUCAGAUGAAGGUAUUUUCCUAGGAUACUCCUCUCGUAGCAAAGCAUUUAGAGUGUUUAACAAAAGAACACGAGUGGUUGUGGAAUCAAUACAUGUUGUAUUUGAUGAAUCACCAUUAUCCCCUAUUAGAUGCUCAUUGGAUGAAAAUGAAGAUGUGGUUGAGAUUGAAAAGAAUGUUGAAAAUCUUGAUCUAAAUGGUCCUUCUCAUAAAGAUCUCUCCAAAGAUGUUCCAAAAGAAACUAGACUUGAAGCUAUAAGAAUGCUCCUUGCUUUUGCAUCCCAUAAGAACUUCAAGUUAUAUCAAAUGGAUGUAAAAAGUGCUUUCUUAAAUGGUAUCAUUGAAGAAGAAGUAUAUGUUGAUCAACCACCGGGCUUUGAAAGCUGUAAUUACCCAAACCAUGUUUUCAAAUUAUCAAAAGCCUUGUAUGGUUUGAAACAAGCUCCAAGAGCUUGGUAUGAAAGACUAAGUGGUUUUCUACUUGUUAAUGGUUUUAUUAGAGGUAAAAUUGAUAAUACUCUUUUCACUAAAACCAUCGAUAACAACUUAUUGGUCAUUCAAAUUUACGUUGAUGAUAUUAUCUUUGGAUCAACCAAUAGUGUGAUAUGUGAAAAGUUUGCUUCUAGUAUGCAGAAUGAAUUCGAAAUGAGCAUGAUGGGUGAACUUACUUUUUUUCUAGGAUUGCAAAUCAAACAAACACUUGAUGGCAUUUUUGUUUGCCAAUCUAAGUAUGUUAAAGAUUUGCUAAAGAAAUUUGGCUUGGAGGAAGUCAAACAUGCCCAUACUCCAAUGAGCUCAUCUUUGAAACUUGAUAAAGAUGAAAAAGGCACUGAUGUAGAUAUUAAAAAAUACAGAGGUAUGAUUGGUAGUCUCUUAUAUCUAACCGCAAGUAGACCGGAUAUCAUGUUUAGUGUAUGUUUAUGUGCUCGUUUUCAAUCAUGUCCUAAAGAAUCUCAUUUAUGUGCCGUUAAACGAAUCUUUCGCUAUUUGAGCUAUACCACAUUCUUGGGACUUUGGUAUCCUAGACAUACAUCUUUUGACCUUGUUGGUUACUCGGACGCUGACUUUGGUGGAUGCAAAGUUGAUAGAAAAAGUACUAGCGGGACUUGUCACUUCAUUGGACAAUCAUUAGUAUCUUGGUCUUGCAAGAAACAAAAUUCCAUAGCUCUAUCAACGGCGGAAGCCGAGUAUAUUGCAGCCGGUAGUUGUUGCGCUCAAACACUUUACAUUAAACAACAACUAGAAGACUUUGGACUCUAUUUUGAUCACAUUCCUAUUAUGUGUGAUAAUACAAGUGCAAUAUGCAUCUCUAAAAAUCCUAUUCAGCAUUCAAGAACAAAGCAUAUAGAAAUUAGAUACCAUUUUCUUAGGGAUCAUGUUUCUAAGGGUGAUAUUGAUCUUAUUUUUGUGACCACUGAAAAGCAAUUAGCUGACAUCUUCACAAAACCACUCCAAGAGGAGAGAUUCUGUCUACUCAGAAGAGAAAUUGGAAUGAUCACA